CUGGCUUCCUAUUCGCUUUGGGUGAUGCAUCAGAAAAAGCGCGAUGCCUCUGACACAGCCGCCUGCCUGGAGACAGACUCAGGCACUGGACAUGGACACAGAGGAUGACCCCUUGUUACAGGAUGCCUGGCUAGAUGAGGAAGAUGAAGAGGUAGCCUUCAGCUCCCGGAAGAGACGAGAGGGUGCUCUGUUGUGUGGGAAAAGCCCAUGCAAAGUCAGGCCCCUGCGUGUCACACUGCCGGUGUCUGGCUUCUGGAAUAUUGUUGGCUGGGUAUUUACCAACCCAUACUGUGCUGGCUUCAUCCUUUUCCUGGGCUGUGCCAUCCCUGCUGUUCUUGCUGUUGUCAUGUUCCUCCACUACCCAGCCCUGGAUAUUGACAUCUCCUACAAUGCUUUUGAGAUCCGCAACCACGAGUCCUCUCAGCGCUUUGAUGCACUUGCCUUGGCCCUCAAGUCCCAGUUUGGGUCAUGGGGGAGGAACCGCCGGGACCUGGCUGACUUUACCUCUGAAACCCUACAGAGGCUCAUCUUUGAGCAGCUCCAGCAGCUUCACCUCAAUGCUUCCCAUCUUGGGGUCAGCACACGGAUCAAGCGCAGCACCCCAGAGGGCAGGACGAGCUCCCCCAAGCCCCAUGUCCACCUGAACCCAGGAAACCGGACUUCCCGAACUGGGAGGGGUGCCCCACGCUGGGACUACUCCAGCACUUACAUCAGCGCCAACACACAGACACAUGCCCACUGGCGCAUCGAGCUCAUUUUUCUGGCUCGGGGGGACUCUGAAAACAACAUCUUUACCACUGAGCGCCUGGUUACCAUCCAUGAGGUCGAGCGCAAGAUCAUGGACCACCCUCGCUUCCGGGAGUUCUGCUGGAAGCCCCAUGAGGUCUUGAAGGACCUGCCCCUGGGCUCCUACUCCUACUGCUCCCCUCCCAGCUCCCUCAUGACCUACUUCUUCCCCACUGAGAGAGGAGGGAAGAUUUACUAUGAUGGCAUGGGACAAGACCUUGCUGACAUCCAAGGGUCUCUGGAGCUGGCCAUGACCCACCCUGAAUUCUACUGGUAUGUGGAUGAGGGCUUGUCUGCUGAGAACAUGAAGAGCUCCCUGCUGCGGAGUGAAAUCCUCUUUGGGGCACCACUGCCGAACUACUACUCAGUGGAGGACCGCUGGGAGGAGCAGCGCCGCAAGUUCCAGAACUUUGUCAUCACCUAUGUGGCCAUGCUGGCCAAGCAGUCCACGAGCAAAGUCCAGGUGCUGUAUGGAGGGACGGAUUUGUUUGACUAUGAAGUGAGGAGGACUUUCAACAAUGACAUGUUGCUGGCCUUCAUCAGCAGUAGCUGCAUAGCUGUCUUGGUCUACAUCCUUACCUCCUGCUCAGUGUUCCUGUCAUUCUUUGGCAUUGCCAGUAUUGGACUAAGCUGCCUGGUGGCUCUGUUCCUGUACCAUGUUGUAUUUGGGAUCCAGUACCUGGGUAUACUCAAUGGUGUGGCUGCCUUUGUCAUUGUGGGGAUUGGGGUUGAUGAUGUCUUUGUUUUCAUCAACACCUACCGCCAAGCCACCCACCUCAAGGACCUGCGACUGCGCAUGAUCCACACUAUCCAGACAGCAGGGAAGGCCACCUUCUUCACUUCCCUGACCACAGCUGCAGCAUAUGCUGCCAACAUCUUCUCUCAGAUCCCAGCCGUGCAUGACUUUGGACUCUUCAUGUCGCUGAUUGUGUCCUGCUGCUGGGUAGCUGUGCUCUUCACAAUGCCAGCUGCUCUUGGAAUAUGGACCCUUUAUGUGUCCCCACUAGAGAGCUCCUGUCAAACCAGCUGUAGUCAGAAGUGCACCAAAAAGAGUGCCUUGCACCUGGCUGAAGAUCUCUUCAUUGCCUCGGAGGCCACCUCCAGAGCAGGCAGAGAGACGCUUCCCUAUCUUGAUGAUGACAUCCCACUGCUCAGUGUGGAGGAGGAGCCUGGCUCCCUGGAAAUGGGGGAUGUCCCCUUGGUAUCUGUGCUGCCAGAAAAUCUGCAGCUCCCUGCAGAGAAGAGCAACCGGGGUCAAUUGAUAACUCAUCUGCAGGAACUGCUGGAACACUGGGUGCUGUGGUCUGCAGUGAAGAGCAGAUGGGUGAUUGUGGGGCUCUUUCUCCUUGUUUUGCUCCUGUCCAUAUUCUUUGCUAGCCGCCUCCAUCCAGCUAGCCGUGCUCCAGUCUUGUUCCGGCCAGACACUAACAUCCAGGUGCUGCUAGACCUGAAAUACAACCUGAGUGCUGAAGGCAUCUCCUGUAUUACCUGCUCAGGUUUGUUUCAGGAAAAGCCCCACAGUUUGCAGAACAACAUCCGAACCUCCUUGGAAAAAAAGAAGAGGGGCUCAGGGUCACCUUGGGGAAGCAAAGGGAGCAUAAGUGAUACAGGGCAGCAAGAUCUCCAGGGGACUGUGUAUAUCUCCAAGUCCAGAAGCAAGGGAAGACCAGCCAUCUACAGAUUCUCACUGAAUGCCAGUGUCCCUGCCCCCUGGCAGAUGGUGUCACCGGGAGACGGGGAGGUGCCUUCAUUCCAGGUGUAUAGAGUGCCUUUCGGUAACUUCACCAGGAAGCUGACAGCUUGUGUGUCCACAGUAGGGCUGCUUAAGCAGACGAGCCCCAGGAAGUGGAUGAUGACCACCUUGUCCUGUGACACCAAGAGAGGCUGGAAGUUCGACUUCAGUUUCUACGUGGCCGCCAAGGAGCAACAGCGAACACGGAAACUGUAUUUUGCCCAGUCGCAUAAGCCCCCUUACCAUGGCCGAGUGUGUGUAGCACCUCCUGGCUGUCUUCUCAGCUCUAGCCCAGAUGGACCCACCAAAGGCAUCCUCUAUGUUCCCAGUGAGAAAGCAGCACCCAAAGCAAAGCUGUCAGCCACUUCUGGAUUUAAUCCUUGCAUGAACACGGGCUGCGGGAAGCCAGCAGUGCGGCCACUGGUAGACACAGGAGCCAUGGUGUUUGUAGUGUUUGGUAUCAGAGGUGUUAAUCGCACAAGACGCCCGGACAACCACGUCAUCGGAGACAUGGGCAGCGUUAUCUAUGAUGACAGCUUCGACCUCUUCAAAGAGAUUGGCAACCUGUGCCGCCUCUGCAAAGCCAUAGCCAGCAACACUGAGCUAGUGAAGCCAGGAGGGGCUCAGUGCCUGCCCUCUGGUUACAGCAUCUCCUCCUUUCUGCAGAUGUUGCAUCCUGAGUGCAAGAACAUCCCUGAGCCAAACCUGCUGCCUGGACAGCUCUCUCAUGGAGCAGUGGGGGUGAAGGAUGGGAAGGUGCAGUGGAUCUCCAUGGCAUUUGAAUCGACAACCUACAAAGGGAAAUCUUCCUUCCAGACAUAUGCUGACUACCUGAAAUGGGAGACAUUCCUGCAGCAGCAGCUCCAGCUCUUCCCAGAGGGCUCUGCUCUCCGGCACGGUUUCCAGACCUGUGAGCACUGGAAGCAGAUCUUCAUGGAGAUUAUAGGAGUGCAGAGUGCCCUGUACGGUCUCGUCCUCUCGCUGGUUAUUUGUGUGGCUGCAGUGGCGGUGUUUACCACUCACAUCCUCCUCCUGCUGCCAGUGCUGCUCAGCAUUUUAGGGGUGGUCUGCUUGGUGGUGACAAUCAUGUACUGGUCUGGCUGGGAAAUGGGAGCUGUGGAAGCCAUUUCCCUCUCCAUCCUCGUUGGGUCUUCUGUUGAUUACUGCGUGCACUUGGUGGAGGGCUACCUGCUGGCGGGGGAAAACCUGCCACUACACCAGGCAGAGAGCUUUCUGGAACCGCAAAGCUAAAAGAGGAGAAGAUGGGAAGGCCAUCUGAUCCCUUUCAAAACCCUUCCCUCUGCCCCUCCCCUCCCCUUGGCCAAGGUCAGCAUUGCAACGAUGACUCUUGAGGUGAUGUCCUACCCCCACGCCAAGCCUGUGCCUCAUUACCUGAGCCUUCAAAAACAGCGGUGAGCUGUUGGGCAGGCAUGGGAAACAGCAUUUUCUGGAACCCUUUGCCCUGUACCCAAGCUAGACCAGCAGUGAACUUGCUGCACAAGAGCUGUUAUGGGUGUCAUUGUGGGAUCCAAACUAGACAUGCUGGGUGGCACCACCUGCAGUGACCUGCUUUCGUCAUUUGUGGAGGGCAUCAGAACAUAUGGCUUUCCCCUUCUUUCUGAAGGGACAGCGCACCUUUCGCUGGGAUCACUUGGGUCUGUGAACAGCCAUCAGGAAUGCAAGCGGUGCCCUCAGCGACCUGCCCUCCUCUCCCUCAUCUCAGUAGUGAGGCCAAGGCAGUAUUGAUGCCCAGUCCCACCUCCUGCUCAGUGUGUGACCUCAGCAGUCACUGACUCUGCUCUUCAUGGUGGAAAGAAAACAGCCUUGAGGGCCCUGCAGAGCCUUUUGGUCAUAGCAGUCAGCUCUUAGCCUGAGGACAAGCUAACCACUGGGGCCAGGUAGAGCCCAUACCUGGUGGCAUGCACAGAUAAACAGUGGUGCAUCCUCUGUGGCACCUUAGAGACACCCUCAGUUGUGGAGACGUGAGGGCAGCGGAGCUUCAGCCUGCGGCUGCUGCCUGCUCAGAGCAGAUGGUUUAUAUUAAAGUAAAAUGAAAUCGCAAACUGGUGCCAUUAACAAGUACAUUUUAAGCAUCACUGAUUCUAUCAUACUUUUAAAAUUGAAAUAGCUAAGUGUGUGCAUUGAUAUGCAGCACAUCUGGUCCUCGGCAGAAGGGGAGGGGUCGUGCCCCCUGGGAGAUGCAUUAAAUGUUAUUUACAGGGAUGCCAAUAGAGAGGGGUGGCCGGAAAGUAGCCUGCCUCCGUUUGUUUGCAGAUACCAUGUCCCUGGUGGCUUUGUGUUCUCUGUCUGGAUUGACCCCCUUUUUAAGAUGGAAAUUCCAGGAAGCACAUCCCCAUUGCCAGCCAAGUUCUGGGCACUGUGCUGCUGAGACAGACCAGCAACUGCUUCUGCGUGGCUCAGUGUAUCCCUGCUCUGAUCGCUGCCAGUCUUACACCUUCACAUCAUGUCAUCCCUGUGAAAUCGGAUCAAAUGUUUGUUCCUAAACUAGGUUCCCCAAGGCGUCAGCUGGAGAGAGGAGUGCCAGGACAGGACUCAUGUUGAUGCCAGGGGCAAUCCAGAGCAGUCCUGCUGCAGGCAGUGAGGGUGGUGAGAGCCUGAGCAGACCUGGUUUCUUCCUUGUCAUCCCAUGGUGCAGCCUGGUUACCUCUUUCUGCAAACUGUUAAGUGUUCCUUGCACCUAUCUCUGAUCUGGACCAGUCCCUUCAUAAUGAAUCCUGUGCCCAUGAAUAAAUGGUUCUGGAAAGGAUUUUUUACUAUCCUUAAGCUGUGCUGCUUUGAUGACUGCUGUGCACAGUUCAGCCCCAACAUUGAUCUGUAAGCCAUACUUUUCCCUAUGUCUGUUCUCCAAAUUUAAUUACUAGUGGUGCCCUGAGCACUCCUAAGUGGCAGUGAGCAUAGAGGGCAGUGUGCUGAUGAUGUACAGCCCCAUGAGACCUGUGUGGGUGCUGCAGGGGAGAGCAAGGUAGCCCGAGCGCUGCUGCCAUGGAUGCUCUGGCUGGUGGCUUGACCUGAAUUUAGCUAAUGCUUCAAACUCCUUGGGGUGUUUAAAGCUGAUGGAUAUUCGCAAGGUCACCAGACAAGAGAAUAAGGUGCUGAGUCCACCCUUAGAGGAAGUUCCUCCUCCUAUGAGCAUGAAGAAACCUUGAAAGGUCUUUAAGACAAGGCAUAGAUGUGCUUUGAAUCCUGCCAAGUUUAAAGCUCAUUUAAGCCCCUGGUGUCCUAUGUUUGUGCUCACUAUAAAGAGGCUCUGUAAGCCCCCCACCUCCAGAGUGAUUCUGGACACACCAUGCUGGGACCAUUCAUUCAGCCACUCUUGGAAGGCAAAGAUUAAUUUCAAAGUAGUGGAAAACCUUUUAUGUCUCUUGGGUCUGAUCUGGCAGCAUCUGAUCUGCAGACAAAAAUAACAGAUUUCUUGGCACCUGACAGGAUUUCAUCUGUUUUCUGGAGCAGGCAGGGGAAAGGACAAGUUAUCAUUUUUCCCUUCUCCUCUCUGGCCAGCCCAGGCUCGCUUAGUGCAGAAGGGCUGGCUGGCACUAGCUGGAGCAGGACUUCACCUUGCCCUUGUUUGUCCAAGGUGGUACUUGGACAAAGGAGAGCAAUGGCUGGAGUGAUUCAGAAAGAAGAAUGAGAGACUGAGAUAGGUGCAGAACUGUAGCAGAUGAUUCACAAAGGCGUACUGAGGAAAUUGUGCCCCUCCAGCAAGGAAACUGAGGCAAGGAGAGGAGGAGGAACUUACUCCAGAUUAUAGUAGGAUGGCAGAAGAGCCGGGAGAUGAUCCUAGGUGAUGCUUUUCACUGCAAGGACUCGCUGGAUGUUGGUAACCUGAAAACUUGAUUAAACAUAGUCAUGACACUGGUCUUACAAUCUAACUAGACGCUUGCCCCAUCACCAUUUCACUCUGCACAGCUCUGUGUUGAGGAUGGCUGGUGCUUUCUCCAUGUGCAGUGGAGUGAAAGAGGCUUAGAGGUGGGGCCCAGCCUUCCCCAAAACGUUUGCAACACCCUGAUCUCCCCAAGUGUCUGUGGAGACAAUAAAUCAGUAGCAGAUGUGUACAUCCAUCUCCAUGUAGGCAGUGUCUUCCUUGGGAUUAGAUAAUAUUCAUAAAAUUAUAGAGGUAAGAAAAUGGAUGGGUUUAUCUGAGCAAAUGUGAAGGUGGGGCUGACAGCCCUGCUGGGAAUCGGUGCUCUGAGGCAGAUGCUCAUAGCAAUAAAAAGCAAGGCCUCACCUGUCUGGCGCUGUUCCGGGAGCAGAUGCUUGCCCUAAAUUAAUUCCUCCCACAUCUCUACCUAUCUUCUUUCUCUGAUGACUCCUCUGUUUCCCAGACCAUCUCUUGGGCCCUGUCGUCUUGCUGAGCAAGGUUCAGCCUUCUCUGUGGUAGCUGCUCGUGCCCAAGGUGCUCGCAGAGUCUGGACUAAAAGUGGCUAGAGCUUGUCUCAGGGAGAAUUUCUCAAGCAGAGGAAGCUACGGAGUUAAAAUGCUUCAUAUGAAGCUGUCAGUUUUCAUGUUUUUAAACAGUAGAACACAGCAGACCAGCCUUACUUGGAAGAGAAUGCUCUGAUUUUCCAUUUCAGAACAAUUUUGCUGUAAUUAAAAAGAAACGUAAACAAUUUCCCAGUUACAGCACACUGCAAUGGAAUAUUUUUGUUAACUGCCCACUCCUUUAUUUCUAGUAAAUCCUGUUUUGGGGGUUACAUUCUGAAAAGUUGAUGUUAAUGUUUCAGGAUGGGGCUCAUUCUGAAACUGUGCAGUCUCCUACAAAUUGGAGUGGGUGCUGUCCUCACCAGAAGCUCUGUCGCUGCCAGCCCAGGGCAGUUGCAGGAGAGCACUGCUCCCCAGUGUUGAAGCACUGUGAUAUAUGCACAGAGCUGGUGUCGCUGCUCAUUGCCUUCAGUGGAGCUGCUAAGUGAGUUCAAGGCUCCCCAUGGCUGUGGACACUCAGGGAGAGAGUCCCUGCUCGCAACAGCCCUGUCGAAACCAGCUUUGGAGCGAGGAGGAACAGAGUUGAUGUGAUUUGCAAAGAUCAGUGUCAGAGGAAGGAAUAGACCCAGGUCUCCUUGCUUGCUUUGUUUCCUUAUGUCGUGGUGCCUCUUGAGGUGCUGGGUUCACGCGGGGUCUGUACAGGCAACUGGGGCAUCAGGUUUGGACACUGACCUCGGCAAUUCCAAAGGCUGCAGAUACUGAAAGGGGAUCAGGGCUGUGUUUCUCAAUCCCUGUUGGAUCUGAAACUAUGCCAGAGCAAAGGCAGCCUGAGAAAUAUCCCCAAGGAGAAGGACGUGUGGCAUGCUUACAGAGUUACUGGGACCACUGAUACGGUAGUCUGGAUGCAGUGGUCUCUGGAGACCCCUGGCUUUGUCUCCGCUGGAACGAACUGGGAUGUUGCUUUAUGUCACGGCAUCUAAUUCUUUUAGCUUGUCCUGCACUGAAUUUUAUUACCAGAGCAGCCUGCCCUCCUGGAAGGUUAUAAAAGGCUUUUUAUUUAACCCUGUGACAUGUAUAAAUCCUCCCACACUGUCCACAAAGGAAGCUGUGCAGAUUGAUUUGCAGCCAGGCAGGACAAAUUCUCAGUCUCUUGGUUACUUCUUCCGAAAUCACUCCUCACCCCAGAUAGCACACAAGCCAUAGUUCACAGGUUUUUCAAAGGCCUCUGCUAACUGCUCUGCCCUGGCUUAGUAUGCAGAGUCCUGGAGCUAAAAGUCUUUUAAGGCCUGUCUCCAUCCUGAGGAUGUAGUUGUUUGGUUGUUUGGCUUUCUCCCCUCCACUCCUGUUUUGGGCAGUUGCUGGAGGGGACAGGAGGGUGAUGGCCAGGACCAGAGGCAGAGCAACUAGCAGAUGAGUAGAAAGGUUUGCAGGGGGAAGCAGAAGAGAACAAAUGGGAGGGAGGAUGGUUCAAAAGCCAAGGGGAGAAAGAGGUGUGAGCACCCCAAGGACAGAGGGAGGGAGGGCGCUGCCGUUUCACCACGUCGUGUGCAGACCUUAGAGUGUCGGUUCUCAGAGUGAUGUAGCACAAUUCCUGAUGUAACGUACGCGUGUUACUUUUGUAAGUCGUCUCCUACCCUCACUAUUUUCAGUGUUCCUUGAUUUUUGGAGACUGUUGUAAAUAAAAGAUUUUGACAUUCGCA